CUCAUAUCAUCAUCGUACAACUUUGUCGGCAUAAUGAGAACAACAGUGAUCCUGUCCAGCAAUUCAGUAUCAGAAUCAGAACUUGCCCCUGUUAUAAACACCCACAAAGCUCUCCGAUCAGCGGGGUCAAUGUGUGUGGCAAAAUUUAGUAGGAUGGACGCUUCUUUACUUGCAGUCGCAGCUGCCGUUUUUGCAGGAGCAAGUUGCGUUACAUCCACAUUGGUCUUUGGAAUCACCGGCCAUGUCGUGUAAGUGUUGGGUUAAAGAACAGAUGAAGUCCUGGAUUGAUUCAAGGGAAAUCUGAAGCCUCCACUCGCAAGAAUUUCAACCUUAUAUAGGACCUGUCUGUGGAACCCCGAGACUUCGUAAAGCUGUCUGCGAAAAUGAUCACGAGAUUGCGGAAAUUGCUC